CUCCAUUUCCCAGGUGGCAUUGCGGGAGCUCCGUUUCUAGGUGUCUAGCAAAAGCUUUCAGCCCAGACAGCUGGCGGCGGCAACUGGAGCGCUAUUUUAUAACAUUAUUCGCUGCCGGUUGUUCAUAAUUAUUAGUCACUAAGCUGAAAACAGUGGGAAAAAUAACUCUGACCUCUGCUCAGAGAUAUGAGCGGCAGCGGGCGGCCCAGGACCAGCUCGUUUGCUGAGCCGCCAGGUGUUCCAGGAGCCCUUGCAGCCUCCGCCGGAUCAGCCGCUGCCGUGGGGAGCAGCACAGGAAAGUCCGGGGUCCCGCAGGCCUCCGGCAGCAGCUCGUCGGGAUGCUCGAACCUUAAGCUUUCCAGAGACAUUGGGAAGGUGACGACGGUCGUAGCGACGCCGGGUCAGGGUCCAGACCGCCCACAGGAAGUGUCCUACACCGACAUCAAGGUUAUUGGGAAUGGAUCAUUUGGCGUCGUGUACCAGGCCCGGCUCAUCGACAGCCAGGAGAUGGUGGCCAUUAAGAAAGUUCUGCAGGAUAAGAGGUUCAAGAACCGGGAGUUGCAGAUCAUGAGGAAGCUGGAUCACUGCAACAUCGUCCGUCUGCGAUAUUUCUUCUACUCCAGCGGCGAGAAGAAAGACGAGGUUUACCUCAACCUAGUGCUGGAUUUUGUCCCUGAGACGGUCUACCGGGUCGCCCGGCACUUCAACAAAACCAAGAGCAUCAUUCCCAUCAUUUAUGUGAAGGUCUACAUGUACCAGUUGUUUCGCAGCCUGGCCUACAUCCAUUCGCAGGGCGUUUGCCAUCGAGACAUCAAGCCGCAGAACCUCCUGGUCGACCCGGAAACCGCCGUCCUCAAGCUGUGCGACUUCGGCAGUGCCAAGCAGCUGAUUCGCGGCGAGCCCAACGUGUCGUACAUCUGCUCGCGGUAUUACCGCGCCCCGGAGCUCAUCUUCGGCGCCACCGACUACACGGCGAACAUCGACAUCUGGUCGGCCGGCUGCGUGCUGGCGGAGCUGCUGCUGGGUCAGCCCAUAUUCCCCGGGGACAGCGGCGUCGACCAGCUGGUGGAGAUCAUCAAGGUGCUGGGAACGCCAACGAGGGAACAGAUACGAGAGAUGAACCCAAACUACACGGAGUUCAAGUUCCCACAGAUCAAAGCUCAUCCAUGGACCAAGGUGUUUAAACCUCGCACCUCUCCGGAGGCCAUCACCCUCUGCUCCCGGCUGCUGGAGUACACGCCGGCGUCGCGCCUCUCCCCGUUGGAGGCCUGCGCCCACGCCUUCUUCGACGAGCUGCGCCAGCCGAACGCGCGGCUGCCCAGCGGACGCGAGCUGCCCUUGCUCUUCAACUUCAGCACCACAGAGCUCUCGAUCCAGCCUCAGCUGAACUCGAUCCUCAUCCCUCCUCACGCUCGCUCGCACACGGCUGCUUCUGUCCACGAUGGUCCCGGUUCAGAUUCAUCUCACCACAGUUUGCUUCCUGGACCCGUGAACAGCAUGUGAAGGGCGAACCGACGACUACCUGCAGGCCUCUCUUUCUCAGACACACACACACACACACACACACACACACACAAGCUCUCUCUCUCUGCUGCUUUCUGUCCUCUCUAUAAUCCGUCUCUGUACAGUAAAUCUGUUAAGACUGUUAGCUCUUUAGCUGCCGGGAUGGAAACGGCAGGAGGUUGUUGUAGACGCGCACACACACACACACACGCGCACACACACACGCACACACACACACCUGGUGUGGUGGAACGAGGAGGUUUGAUAGUGGGGGCUGGUCCUCUGAAAAGAACGUUUUUAAUCCACGUUUUGUUUUUAUUUAUUUACCAUGUGGUCAAACGUUGAUAUUAUUUUUAAAAUCAGAUUUUUUUUUUUAUUCUUGCGUGUUUUUAGAACCGCGAUGUUUGGAAAAUCCAACCCAGAGUUUUGGUGUAAAUGAAAACCUCCUGACUAGCAUCAGUUUGGCAGGCGGCGGCGGCGGCAGCAGCCACAGAGAUCCACUUUAGUCUCGUUUCUCACCUCUUACUUUUGAUUUUAGUUUUAAUUUAGGAUGAAGUGAAUUUGUUGAGACGUUAGCAUUUAUAGCAACAUGCAGUUGAGAUUUCUGUGUGGUUUGCUGAACAACGGAGAAACACCAGACCAUUGUUCAAUCUGAAACGCUUUGCAAAAUGACUUCCAGCGACGCCUUUGGCUGUUUCUGACUAAUUUCGUCUUUAAACGCAUCGGAUUUGUCUUGAUUUGGAAUGUUCUGUCUGAGCGUGCAAAGACCGAACAGCCUGUGUUUUUUAUUUGAUUCUUUUUUGUUUGUUUUUGUUUUUGCUGAAAAUGGAGUAGGAUGUAGAAAUGAAAUGGUCUGGAUAUGAACCCUGCUGAAUGCCGCUCCGCAUCUCGGGUUGUUUAAAUGCCAGGAGAAAGACGGGACUGGUCUGCUGGAGACUUUGCUUUAAAAUCACAGGUUAACAGAGUUUUACAUUAAUUCAGCCUUAAAUACAUGGAAAAAAUACGAGGGAGCAUUAGGGCCUCGCUAAGAAAAUAAAAAAUCAAACAAGAAUAAAUUCAAAUUCAAAAAUACUUUAUUGAUCCCAGAGAGAAAUUAAAUGUCAUAAUAUUACUAUUUUAUUCUUGUAUGACUUGAUUCUCACACAAGUUUAUGAAUUCAUUCUCAUUUUGACUUUAUCUUGUAAUUUUAUUUAUUUUUUCUGAGUAUGACCCUAAAACUCUGUCAUUAAAUAAAAGCUAAAAUUGAGCUAACUCCUGCCAGUGUGAAAACCUAAACACUGGAUAUUGUUAUUAUUAGUGUUAUUAUUAUUAUCAGUUGGCAUCUGUUGGCAAGUUUAACAACUUUACAACACUAAAAUACUUAUAUUAACGUUAAAACUUUCAAGCACUUCUGAUUGGAAACGACUGGCCAUUCUUGCAUUGCUCCGGUGUGGAGUGCGCAGCGCAGUUUCUCAGUUCUGUUCCUCUGCUGUGGCAGCUCAUUAGUGCCCUCCUGUGGUUGAAAGUGGUAGCUGCUUGUGACUGCCCACCCUGCCGGAUGAAGGAUUAACUUUGCGGUUUCUGUAGAAACCUGAGACGUUUGACGUCCUCUCGUCCAUCCGUUUUCUUUUUGAGCCUCCGAAAUGUUUUUAGUUUUUGCGUCCAUCAUCAGUUCAGGGUUUUCAUUUGCAUCUCUUGGUUUAUUUGCUUUUAAAAGCGAGCUGCAGCCCCUCAAAAUCGAGCAGCUUUAAGAUUGCGAUUUUACUGCGUAUCUGACAGAAUUAAUAAAAGCUUUUAGGGAGAAAAACAAAUGUAGAAAUCCAGCGAAUGUAAAUCCUUGUGUUUUGUGUCUGAGAUUCUUACUGCGGUCCGAACUGUACGGUACCGGUGUUAGUCAGCAGAGCAGAACACGUGAAAGUUCGUAGCGUAGCGUGUUUGAACCAUACGGGCCGCCUGGUGUUUCGCGUCGCUGCCAGCCGGUUUCUAACCGGUAACCUCCGGGUCUGAUGAGGUCACUGCCGCCCACAUCCUGCUUCCUUCCCUGCCCAGCGUCCGCUCCGCGCCGCCCUUCGUCCCUGCAGGGGGCGCCACCGUUCACGCUCAGAGCUGUCCAGAUCACUGCGGCAAUGAAAAAGCGUGAAAUGAAAACGGAUAAAAUGAAUAAAACCCCUGCAGGGAGGAAAUCAGGCGUGUAGCGCCGAUUUUUCUCCCCCAGAAGCCAUUUAUUUCCUUAUUGCACAUGUAAAUAUCACUGAUUUUAUUUCUUUUUAUUGCAGACAGAGUUGGUUAUAUUUGACCUCCCUCAUUCUGUCGACGUCUUAGUUUGUAAAUAGUUUUUUUUUUCCUCCACGAUUCAAAAUGUAAAUACUGCAAAAAGCAUAAAACAACCACUCAUCAUGUUUGCAGAAGAUGUUUUUCUCUCUUUCUGUCGUUUUGUAAAAACUGUGAAGAAUCCCGUCUGUUCUCCUUCUGCCAGUCCGAUCCGGGUUUGGUCCGGUCCUGUCUGGUUCUGAUCCAAAAUAUCGUCUUCCUCUAACCGAAUGAGACUGAAUGUAGUCAGUUGGGGUCUAAUAGGUCAAACAGAUUUAUUAAAAUAGUUUCCUUUUUAAAUUUUUUAAAAACUGCAUCCUUUUUAAAAAAAUUUAUUUUCCAAACAUUUUGAGAAUUUUCUGCCAUUUUUUUCGUCUCCAAAACGAUGAAAUUUGUAUUUUGGGGUUUUUAUUUAAAUGUUCUGGACAUCAUGACACAACACAGCGCUGGAAAAAAAAUCCAAGUGGAAUUAUUCUAGAUAAAAAUUAAGAUUAUUCUUCUUAUUUGUUCUACUUUUUUUUUUUUUACUUCCCUAAAUAAGUGAUGAUGUUUCGGUAUCUGAACUGAACCUGUUUUAAGAAUCAUGAGUCCAUUUUAAAGUUUUUAAUUUUUCUUUUUCAAUAAUUGAGAUUUGAAUACUUUAUAUAAUUAUGAAUAAAGUUGGGAAGCUAGAAUGUAAAUGAUUUUUUUUUUCUUUUAAGUGUGUAAUUAAUGUCAGAAAUGUUAUAUUUUUCAUAGAGAUUUGCCACAUUUUUGUUCUUUUAUUUAAAAUAACCUUAAUACUCUGUCAUGCCUUUGACACACUGAUGACUUUAUUUACAUGUGAAGUUAAUUACAUAUUUCAAAAAGGACCAAACAUUCACAGAAAUGUAAACGUAUGCAGGUUUGCAUCAAGGUGAAAAAGUUAUGCUAUCAUAUUACUUAAUUACUUGUUUAUACAGUUUGAUGUAAUCUCUUUAAAUUCUUUAUUUUGUUAGAAUUAUGCAGUGGGAACUUUCAGUUGGAUUUUCAGGCUGAAUUUCGAGACGUUUUCACCCAGAAUUCUCGUUAUUUAGUCUCCAGCCUGUAGGUGGCGCCGUUCAGACAUGAAGUGGUUAGUUGGUGAUAUUUUGGACCAGAACCUUGCGCCGCCGUCUCUGACUGCAAUAUUAAAAUACUGCGCAGUAUUUUACAGAAAUGUUUCACAUUACCUCAAAUCUUUUAUUAAUCCGAUGUGUUGCUCGUUGUUUUUUUCUUUUUCCUGUGAUAAGCUGUUGAUGUUGGUUCUGACCCGGUGGACCGUUCAAAGUGGCGAAGGCUGAAGGAGAGAAAAACACAAAGCUGUCCGUCUCCGUUAUCUGUGUGUACGAUAUCGACUCAUUUGCUGUAAUAAAGUGGUGAAACUGUG